AUGCGCGUGCUCGUCGCUGUGCGGUCAUGUAUUGUACUUCCCAACCAACUUCAGCACAGUGAGUAAACUAAUUCAGAUUUUGAGAGGAAAUCACGGACAUCGAAUUUUUUUUAAACUGGUGAAGCCAAUUCUGGAAGUAUGGACGAUUUAGACGCUUUGUUGGCGGACCUGGAAUCCACGACGUCCCACAUCUCCAAGCAUCCUGUGUUCCUGUCUGAGGAGACACCCUACUCCUUCCCCACUGGAGGGAACUCCUACCAGGAUGUGUCAGUCCCUCCCCCGGUGCCACCCCCUCCCUCGGCUGAGGCUCUGAAUGGCUCUGUGAUAGACUCCCUGGACUCCCACCACUCCUCCCAACAGUCCUUGGGUUCAGCUCCGAAGAGCUUAUGGUCCAGGGACAGUAGCAGCCCGCCCCUGUCCCACAUUGAUGAGGACCAAGUGUACAGGUAG